UUUUACUGAACAUACAGUUCUAUUAGUGAAUGGUUGACGUUACAUGAAAUUGAUAGAUUUACAAAAAUACAAUUUCGCUAUUUAAUUAUAAGUUCAUACGAAAUGAGAGAGAAUGUGCAACAGAUUAAGAAUGUCUGAUACAAUUUAAAAAGUGAAGAAUACGCAAUUUUAAUUUAAUAUCAAUGAAUGAAAGUGUAAAAAUUUAUGAGCCUUGUAUCUUUGGUCAUAUCUGGAGACAUUUCGACGAACUGCUACUUAACGUCACGAGGGGUGAAAUGAAACAUCCUCAAACUGGGAGUGCCGCGACACACCCAGUACGUUGCGUACUAUUUAGUAUUGAACAUCAGGGGUGCAAAUUCAGUCGACUUUUUUCCAUGAAAGUGGCCUGAACGAAACCUGAAAAGUUGCUGUAUCAAAGAUUUAAGACCAAAUCGCAUUAACUACAUAAGCCAAGAAUAUUUGAUACCGGGCAUAAUAUUUAUAACAGCGUAAUCUGAAUUAAUUGCGUGACCAGCAUUUAACUGAAAAAACAGCAUACACAGUGAUAAACGAUUGCACUCAAGAAACAAACACCCUCCUUCGUUACAUGGGUCACUGGAUAAAACAAAACAAUGGGAAACAAAGUCGCUACAUUUACCGAGGAACAACUGGAGGACUACCAAGACUGUACAUUCUUUACUCGCAAGGAAAUUUUGAGGAUUCACAAGCGUUUCCGAGAGAUGGGUGAUCCUGGAGUGGUCCCACGCACAAUGACUCCACAGGAGGCUGCCAAUCUAUGCUUACCGCUGUCCAAUCUCGAGAAGAUACCAGAACUGAAGGAGAAUCCCUUCAGGGAGCGAAUCUCCGAGGUGUUCACGAAGUACCGGGACCCGGGUUUCUCGACCGAGGAGGGCAUUUGCUUCGAGGAGUUCCUGGAGAUGAUGUCUGUCUUCUCGGAGCAAGCACCGCGUGACUUGAAGGUCUUCUACGCUUUCAAGAUUUACGAUUUCGAUGAGGACGGAGUACUGGGAAUGGCCGAUCUGGAGCGCACCUGUCGUCAACUCGUGCGAGGUGGUUUGACCGCUGAAGAAGUUUCCACAAUUUGCCAGAAAGUUCUGGAGGAGAGCGACAUCGAUGGAGACGGUGCUCUGUCGUACCUGGAGUUUGAACACGUCAUCACCAGAGCGCCGGAUUUUUUGGCCACGUUCCACAUACGCAUUUAAGUAACGCACACAUUUAAGACAAUGCUUGUGUCGUUAACAAGGGAGGUUCUUUGAAACAAUUAUAAGUCCAGGUAGGAACUUAAACGUUCAUCGGCACAACUGAUCUUCAUCUUCAUUUCAACCUUUUGUGGAACCUCUAGUUUUUGUUUAACAAAUUUUGUCAUUAAUCAUCAACAUUGUCAUAUCACGUGACAACAUUCGAGUAAAAACUGCUCGUGUACCUGAGUAGAUUAAUUCAAUCACGAUGCAUGGGUUAUUUCACGGUUCGGUAUUUUUCUAACUUCGGAUUCCAUUAUAAAAUACUGAAUAAUUUUACAUCCACGCAUUACGAAAUUAUGAGUGAACAUACCCAAAAAUACAUACAUACGUACGGAUCGAACAAAGAACCUCCUAUAUUUUUUUUUGUUUAAUAACUGCAUUUUUCCCUGAUUUGCAUAAUUCACUUUGAUACACUUAUUUAUAAUCUUAUUCGUAUGAGUGUGCUUAUAAAGUCCAUCGUAUAAUCAGUGCCAAAAUAACGUACAUGUUUUUUAGCAUUGCUUCAUAUUUAAUCUGAGAAAUCUUCUUCGUUAAGGAGCUAUACUACUGUGAACGUUGACAAAAUUACAUGUUUUUGACAAUUUUUUUCUCAAAAGGUACUGCAUAUGACACAAACGUUUUCUUCCAUGAAAGGUCUAAUAUAGGAGAAUACAGGAAUAUUUUUCUUUCUGGUAAAAAAUACAUAUUUAUUUAUUAUUACAAAGGUAGAGUAGUAAAAAAAAAUUGCACCUGGCGUAGUUGAUUUUUCAAAAACGGCUAAACCGAUCGGGUUCAAAUUUUAGCAUUAUAUUCAGCAUACACAUGGCUAUCGCCGGUACCUCAAUCAUGGUAAAAUUUUAAUUUUACCUCAUACUUUUGCCUCAAAAAUGUGUAAUUUUUUCGACGUCCGUAGUGGUAUAGCCCCUGAAAAGAAGUCUUUGUGCAUAAAUUCUAACCGCUAUGUUUGCCACGCAAACAUGUUCUUUUUUUUUUAAUUUCGUACUAAUAUAUUCUUGAAAUAAACCAACAACUGGGCCAAGAGGAUCUCGAUUGGGGUAUCGUCGUUGGGUCAGGAUGAAAUCCAAUCUUGGAUGAUUCUCGACCGAUCGGCAUGAAGCUGGGAAACCAAGAGGAGAAUCGCGUUCCUUGUGCGAACGCCUCCUUAGGCCGACGAGUCGUCGAGUCGGUUUCGGUAGUUUUCCUCUUUCUUUUUCGUUACGUGCACCCGUACGCUGUACAAGCUUGCGUAUCGAGUGUCGGCGAAAACCAGCGAGGCCUUUCCUCUCGCGCACCUUUACUUUGGCGUGCCCCUGCUUUUAAUACGAGUUCCCUCCGCUCGAGCGCGCUGAAAGAAUAUCUUACGAAAAGGUACCGAUGAGUAAACGCAAAUCAGAGAAUUAAACCUGUCGUUCGUAAUAAUAAUUACUGCUUCAACUUGAUUUUAGCCAUUGUCUCGCUGUGGGUUUCUUCCGAUUUCUGUUAAGGUGGUGUGAAAGUUACGUGAAGAUGUCUCGUUUAUGAAACUUUUCUCCGAACUGAAUGUACC